CAUUAUCUGAGAAGUUGAGAACACAGCAACUGUUAAAUCUCUUUUUUCAAUUUCAGUUUCAAUUUCCAUUUAUUCCUGAAGAACAGCAACCCAUAAUCUUUCUCUAACAAAUUCCUCCGGAGCUCCUCCGAUCAUGAAUCUCCGGUCAUCUUUUCUCCUCUUCCUUUUGUUCCAGGCCCUUCCAGGUCUCCUCCUUGCCGCUGCUUCCAAUACAGCCUACCCGUCCGUCGUCGAUACCGGUGCCACUGAUUGCUCACUUUCCGACGACAGACUCACUCCUAUUCGCCGGGAGGUGUACGAUAAUGGAAGAAUCAUCGACAUAAGUCAUCGGUUCACUACAGAUAUGCCGUCUUGGGAAUCUGACCAAGGGCUUGGCCAGUUCCUCUGGCUUCCCAAGAGCAUGAAGAAUGGCUCGCUUGCUAACAAUUCUGAAAUGAAGCUUCCAGCUCACACUGGCACGCACGUCGAUGCGCCUGGUCAUGUCUUUGAUCACUACUUCGACGCCGGUUUCGAUGUUGACACACUCGAUCUGGAAGUUCUUAAUGGUCCUGGACUGUUGGUGGACGUUCCAAGGGAGAAGAACAUCACUGCUGAGGUCAUGAAGUCUUUAAAUAUUCCUAAAGGUGUGCGUCGUGUACUCUUCAGAACAUUAAAUACAGACAGACGUCUCAUGUGGAAAAAGGAGUUUGACACAAGCUAUGUGGGAUUUAUGAAAGAUGGGGCAAAAUGGCUUGUAGAGAACACUGACAUCAAACUAGUUGGAAUUGACUACUUAUCAGUUGCUGCCUUUGAUGAUCUUAUUCCAUCUCAUCUUGAAUUUUUAAGAGGCAGGGAAACCAUUCUCGUCGAAGGUUUAAAGCUUGAUGGCGUCCAGCCAGGAUUAUAUUCGAUCCAUUGCUUACCUCUUAGGUUGCUUGGUGCCGAGGGGUCGCCUAUUAGAUGCAUUCUAAUUAAGUAGUAAGUUUUAUGGUGACUUUCAUUCUGUUAAAGAGAAUAUUACACUUGGAAUCUUGACAAUGUCUUUCUACGUUGAUAGAGUUAGUUUCAAAUAAAGUAGAAGUAUCAUCCUCAAAUAAUCAGGUUAAAAUGUAAAGACUGCUAUAUGUAAUUGGUAAUUCAGAGCUCAAGAUGUUUUAUUUCAGAAAACUUGUUGAAAGUAGACAACAUGAUGCAA